AUGGCCUCUUUUAUAAAACCUCAUUUUGAUUAAGUAGCUCCUUUGAUGAAGAAAUAUUAUUUUAAGGAAUAGGAGAUAUAUGGCAAUAGUUCUAUAUCUAUCCGAUAGAUUCUCAAAUUGACCAAAUCUAUAAGCCAAUAGAGGUAUUGAUAGAUUUUUUAGAUCUUUAGGGUUUAGGCCUACAGUCAUUAUGGUAUCAAUUUAAGAAUAUAUAGGAGGAAGCUACAGGUUUAAAGAUUAAUUGAAAGGUCUAUUCUUGAGAGAGAGUAAAACUAUCUAGAUUAUAGAACAAGAGAAAUAUGAUUUAGAGAUGAUAUUAGUAAACUCGAUUUACUUCCUAAUUUCUCUCAAAUAUCUUUCUAAUUUUGAUCAUCUUUAUAGACAUAAAUUUAGAUGGAGAGUUAUCAUUUGA